CACCGUGCCCGGCCACAUCUUUUUUACUUUUUAAAAUUUACUGAAGUGCACCUACGACUUAGGAGUCAUCAGUGUGUGGCUCAAUGAAUUACCACACAGUGAACAUGCCUGUGUACCCACCACCUGGAUCUGACAACCAGAAGCUGGCAUGCCUCCCCCAAUUACCACGCUCUUCAUCUCCCCAAAGGUGCCCCGUCUACAUUUGUCCACGGAUCGUAUGCCUGUCGGCCCUUGUGCCUGGCUUCACGCUAUAUCACUUCUGAGAGUCAUUCGUGUUGCCUGUAGCAGUGGGUCGUUCUUUUUAUGCUGUGCAGUGUCGACCACUUAUGCCCAUGCUCUGGGGCUGCUUCCCGCCUGGAGCUUUCAUCCACAGGCUUUAUGAGCAUUCCUGGUGAAGCAGAGUCACAGGCAUCUGGCCCAAUCUGUUCAAAUCAUUCUAAAUAUUGGCAUAUGUUAUGUUCUGGUGCCCCAGGCCACACCUGGAUCACCCCAAAUUCCCUGCAGAAGUACCUGUUGCUAUUCCCUGAGAGUCCUCUAGCUCAACAGUCUUGGUUUUCUGACCAGACCCUCAGUCCUCCAACCCCAGAGUGGUUCCCAGGACCCCAGACCACCAGCUCUCCUGUCUUCCAGGCUAGACUCAACCUCUCGUGCUCAGAGUGUCAUGUGGGCCCCUGCCUAUGGGCCCACCCUGUCCCUGGCUUCGCCCUGUAGCCUGACCAUUGCAGACACAGCUUGCCCUGCCCCUCUGUGGUAUAGCCUCUUCCCCCAUGCCCAUCUCCACUUGGAGACCUCCUGUGCAUCUCCCAGGCACGGCUCAGUGUCCCCUCCAUCUUUGUCUGUGGUGGCAGAGGGAGAUAAGGGCCAGAGGGUGCAACUGAGGAGGGCAUGGUGCCCAGCUGUGGCCCUCAGCAGUUCCGUGGCCUCAUACGAGUCAGUGGCCUCUGAGUUCUGCAUGGUGUGGCGGGUCGGAACCACGGCUGACCGCUCCCAAGAACUCCCCGUGUGUGUCUUGUUUGAGGCACUUGGCAUCACCACAGCCUUACUUGUUACACCCAUUCCAUGGGUGGGGGACACAGGCACGGAGAGGACAGGAAGGAAAGGGCAGGGCUGGGCUGUGAACCCAGAGCCUGUGCUCUCACCCAUGCUGCUCUCAUGGGCCCUCAGGACUGAAAGGAGCCAAGUGGCUGUGCCUUACACAGGAGGGCUGGCUGCUGGCAGAAUGGACACCCUGGAGGAGGCGACUUGGGCCAAUGGGAGCACAGCGCUACCCCCACCCCUGGCACCAAACAUCAGUGUGCCUCAUCGCUGCCUGCUGCUGCUCUAUGAAGACAUUGGCACCUCCAGGGUCCGGUACUGGGACCUCUUGCUGCUCAUCCCCAAUGUGCUCUUCCUCAUCUUCCUGCUCUGGAAGCUUCCAUCUGCUCGGGCCAAGAUCCGCAUCACCUCCAGCCCCAUUUUUAUCACCUUCUACAUCCUGGUGUUUGUGGUGGCACUGGUGGGCAUUGCCCGGGCCGUGGUAUCCAUGACGGUGAGCACCUCGAACGCUGCAACUGUUGCUGAUAAGAUCCUGUGGGAGAUCACCCGCUUCUUCCUGCUGGCCAUCGAGCUGAGUGUGAUCAUCCUGGGCCUGGCCUUUGGCCACCUGGAGAGCAAGUCCAGCAUCAAGCGGGUGCUGGCCAUCACCACAGUGCUGUCUCUGGCCUACUCUGUCACCCAGGGCACCCUGGAGAUCCUGUACCCUGAUGCCCAUCUCUCAGCUGAGGACUUUAAUAUCUAUGGCCACGGGGGCCGCCAGUUCUGGCUGGUCAGCUCCUGCUUCUUCUUCCUGGUCUACUCUCUGGUGGUCGUCCUUCCCAAGACCCCGCUGAAGGAGCGCAUCUCUCUGCCUUCUCGGAGGAGCUUCUACGUGUAUGCGGGCAUCCUGGCACUGCUCAACCUACUGCAGGGGCUGGGGAGUGUGCUGCUCUGCUUGGACAUCAUCGAGGGGCUCUGCUGUGUAGAUGCCACAACCUUCCUGUACUUCAGCUUCUUUGCUCCGCUCAUCUACGUGGCUUUCCUCCGGGGCUUCUUUGGCUCAGAGCCCAAGAUCCUCUUCUCCUACAAAUGCCAAGUGGACGAGACAGAGGAGCCGGAUGUACACCUACCCCAGCCCUACGCUGUGGCCCGGCGGGAGGGCCUGGAGGCUCCAGGGGCUGCUGGGGCCUCAGCUGCCAGCUACUCAAGCACACAGUUUGACUCUGCGGGCGGGGUGGCCUACCUGGAUGAUAUUGCUUCCAUGCCCUGCCACACUGGCAGCAUCAACAGCACGGACAGUGAGCGCUGGAAGGCCAUCAAUGCCUGAGAGCAGCUGCCAGGGCCUGCAGAGGACAGGCCAGAAUGGAGGCCAGCAGGCCCAGAGUCCCCGGGGGAGGAGGACCAGGUCAAGGGACCUUCUGUGGGCGGUAGCCUUGUAUAGCCCUGUUCCCACCAUGAGUCUGGAGGCCCCACCUCCCUGGGGCUCCCAAUCCCCUUUGCCAUCUCUGCUCUCACUGGGGACUCUCCUCCCUUCCCAUCUGGUCUCAUACUGCUCAGCGACAUGGCCCAGGCUUUCCUUCCAGGGCCAUGCUUGGCAAGGUUGGCUGAGGGCACCCUCCUUCUCUGCAUCCUUGGCACGAGGGCAGGGCUGGCUCUCCCAAUGCCUCCAUCCCAUCCCCAUGGUGCUUUGGCCUCCUCAAAGCCCACUGUGGUGGAUGGACUGAAGUGUGUAUAUUUUCUUGAUCUAUUUUUUAAUAAAAACGAAAAGGAGCAGAA